GUCAUAUCCACUUUACAAUCAUUGUAAAGUAGGACUUAAAUUCGUUUAACGUUUUGUAGUUUUUCCUCUUUGUAGUUCAAUACCAAUUUUAUAGAAAACUAAUAGUGGCAUAGACCUCACAAUGGCUAACGUGGUGAAUAGUCUAAAGCUGCUCUUCGAUCGGCCAAACGAGCCGAUGGUUUCACCCAAGGGCGACAAUAAUGCACUUUUCCAAGUCACCGAACAAUAUUUGGGUGAAGACUAUCAGAACAAUGGUAUUGAAAUCAACAAUCGCUACGGGGACACGGCAACCGAGAUCAUACCGUUGAAGGACUUGCAACAGGUGCCGAGAUUCACUCUUGCGCGACAACUGCCACGCGACGCUGAGUUCUCGACAUUCCUGCCGGCUCACCAGGAAAUGGCGGACGAAGUCAUCGACGAGUUGCUGUCUGUACCUGAAAACCAACUACAAGAUUUCCUGUCAACAUGUGUGUUUGCCCGAGUGAAUCUCAACCCACAAUUAUUCAACUAUUGUUAUUCUGUUGCACUCUUGCACAGGAACGACACCAAAAAUGUGCCCAUUCAGAACUUUGCUGAGACCUUCCCAUCUAAAUUCAUGGAUUCCCGAGUGUUUGCUCAAGCUAGAGAAGCAGCCGCUGUGUCCUCACAGGGUGCCCCACGUAUACCUAUCAUCAUACCAAGAGAUUUCACUGCAACAGACUUAGAUAAUGAACACCGCCUGGCCUAUUUCCGGGAAGAUAUUGGUGUUAACCUUCACCAUUGGCACUGGCAUCUUGUUUAUCCAUUCUCUGCUAGGCAACGACGCAUUGUUGACAAAGAUCGACGAGGAGAACUAUUUUACUACAUGCACCAACAAAUAAUCGCUAGAUAUAACGGAGAACGCCUCAACAACUCACUCCCUAGAGUUAAAAAAUUCAGCAAUUGGAAUGAACCAAUUCCUGAACCAUACUUCCCGAAGUUGGACAGUCUUACCACUUCGCGUGGAUGGCCUCCACGGCAAGCUAAUAUGUUUUGGCAAGAUCUCAAUCGUCCCGUUGAUGGCCUCAACAUCACCGUCAAUGACAUGAGACGAUGGCGGCGAAAUGUUGAAGAAGCUAUUUCUACUGGAUUUGCUCAAAAAGCAGAUGGAACAACACAAACUCUAGACAUCGAUACAUUGGGCAACAUGGUGGAGUCUAGCAUCUUGUCGCCAAAUCCGCAACUUUAUGGCGCACUCCAUAAUAAUGGGCACAGCUUUGCUGCUUAUAUGCACGAUCCUAAACAUGAGUAUCUCGAAUCUUUCAGUGUAAUGGCUGAUGAAGCAACAACAAUGCGUGAUCCAUUCUUCUACCGUUGGCACGCUUUUAUUGAUGAUCUUUUCCAGACAUUCAAGGAGUCUACUCACGUUCGGCCAUACACAAGAUCUGAGCUGGAAAAUCCAGGAGUUCAAAUAUCGUCUGUGCGAGUUGAGAGCAGCACCGGGGACCAGAAUAUCCUUAACACUUUCUGGACACAGAGUGAUGUUGACCUGUCACGUGGUCUGGACUUUUCCAACAGAGGACCCGUCUUCGCUCGUUUUACCCAUCUUAAUCAUCGCCCAUUCCAAUAUGUUAUUGACGUGAACAAUACUGGUGACGCUCGGCGUACCACUGUGCGCAUUUUCAUCGCACCCAAAUUUGACGAACGCAACCUUCCUUGGGCGCUGUCUGACCAACGCAAGAUGUUUAUCGAAAUGGACAAAUUCGUCAUUCCACUAAAUGCUGGCCAGAACACAAUCGUCCGCCAAUCGUCAGAAUCAUCCGUAUCGAUUCCAUUCGAGCAGACAUUCCGAGACCUAUCACAGCAGGGUACUGACCCUCGCCAGAUUGAUCUGGUCAGUUUCAACUACUGCGGCUGUGGUUGGCCACAGCACAUGCUGGUACCAAAGGGCACGGAGCCGGGUGCACAGUAUGAUCUAUUCGUUAUGCUCUCUAACUACGACCUGGAUAGCGUAAAUAAUCCAGAUGGUUCUACAUUAACCUGCAAGGAGGCUUCCAGCUAUUGCGGUUUGAAAGAUAAGCUGUACCCUGAUAGACGCAGCAUGGGUUAUCCUUUUGACAGACCAUCUAACACUGCGGCCAACAUUGACGAUUUCAUCCUGCCAAAUAUGUUCCGCCAGGACAUUACAAUUCGCUUACAAAAUGUUACUGAACCGAAUCCUAAAAAUGCUGCAAACUAAUUUUAAUAAAGUUUACCAACUUUACGAAUUCCAUGCAAAGUAACAAAAUAAACGGUUUUAUAUUAGCUAUUAGCUAUAGGUACGGUAGGUAAGUAUGUAGUUCGGCAAAAACCACCAGCUUUUCCACCAGGAUGUUACAGUUUCCAAGAUUUUUGACCCUCAAUUGUCCAAGUAUAAAACUUGUUUUUUCCACGGUGUAUGACUCAAAUCAUCUCCAGACGCCCUACACAGCUUCGUGGCAAUCUUUCACUAGAUACACUUUAAGGUUUGAUCUUUAAAAAUGUAUGUUUGUAACUAAGAUACUUAGUUAGUUAGUUAGCAACUAGAAUUUGCUUUAAACCUAGAUGAUUGAAGGUCUGGAUCCUUGAAACCUGCUACCUCCCGAAGCUAAGAUCCAAACUUGAUAGUUGGGCAUGUGCUGAUUAUUUUCAGCUUUUAUAAAAUAACACAAGCUCAGAACCUACCACAGAAAGUUUAAAAUGUUACCGCCCAUAGACAAUACAAUAUUAAUAGCUAAAUAAAUAGAUGAUUGAGAUAAUCGCAAUCAUUGAAUUGAGUUACUUAAUUAGCCCAUGCAAAGUACGGUAAACUUAAAAAUCGUAUUUUCGUAAACAGUUGUGUAAACUAUUUUUUUAUUUUAUAUUUAGCUUUAGAUUACAGUUAAUAUUUUAUAAUCAUAGAUUACUGUAAUAAAUUACCGAUAAUCGAAUAUAACCUAGUUACUAAAAGAAAGGCUGAUAGUCAUAAGUCAAAUGUAUUUGUAAUUAGGUACACAAUUACUUUACCUAGUAUUGUGCAUAACUUUUAAGGAGCUACUAACUAUUUUAAGCAAAACGUGAUCCAAUACUCUAAUUAUGUAGUUAUAAUUUUAAUAAAGCAAUUUAAAAAAACACA